ACCCAGAAGCCCUUUCCGGCGUCGAGAGCCUGACGCGUGGGCCCGAGCAGGGUCUGGGCGUGCCGAGGGGCCGGGGCGCCGGGACGUGGCGUUCACCCGCGUCCCCGAGGUGCCGGUGCUCAGCCAGCCGCGGAGGGGAGGGGCAGUCCCCGGGGCUGAGCCAGGCCUGGGGCCGAGUGCAUCCAGGGCGGAGGGUGACUGGAAGCCGCCGGCGCCAGAGGACUCACUUUGGGGCCGCUUGUUUCGGAGCGUGGCACAAACCCGGGUGCCAACCCCGAGCUCACCGGAUUGGCCUGCCAGGACUGUAAGGCUCACCUUCAUGCUCAUGGUGAAAUGCACAGGCACAGCCCCUGGCGAUGCUCAAGAGAAAAGCAAUAGUACUCAGAGUAGAGAAAACCAAGAAGCUCAUGGACUCCCUGUCUGCCUUUAAAACAAAAAGAUUAUACCUGGGUCCUGGCACCCAGCCACUCCUCUGCCAAUGAAGUACAUCUUGGUCACUGGUGGGGUCAUCUCGGGCAUCGGUAAAGGGAUCAUUGCCAGCAGUAUUGGGACGAUUCUAAAAUCAUGUGGACUCCGAGUGACUGCCAUCAAAAUUGACCCCUAUAUAAACAUCGAUGCAGGCACUUUUUCACCUUAUGAGCACGGUGAAGUGUUUGUCUUAAACGAUGGUGGAGAAGUUGAUUUAGACCUUGGAAAUUAUGAAAGGUUCUUGGAUAUUAAUCUUUAUAAAGACAACAACAUCACUACUGGGAAGAUAUAUCAACAUGUGAUCAAUAAAGAGAGGCGUGGCGAUUACCUGGGGAAAACAGUACAAGUUGUCCCUCACAUUACUGAUGCUGUCCAGGAGUGGGUUAUGAAUCAAGCCAUGGUGCCUGUGGAUGGUCAUAAGGAAGAGCCCCAAAUAUGCGUUAUUGAGCUGGGUGGCACCAUUGGAGACAUUGAAGGAAUGCCGUUUGUGGAAGCGUUCAGACAAUUCCAGUUUAAAGCAAAAAGAGAGAAUUUCUGUAAUAUUCAUGUUAGCCUUGUCCCACAGCCCAGUGCUACCGGAGAACAAAAAACCAAACCCACACAAAACAGUGUCCGUGCGCUGAGGGGAUUAGGCCUGUCUCCCGAUCUGAUUGUCUGCCGGAGUUCAACGCCCAUCGAAAUGGCUGUGAAGGAAAAGAUUUCUAUGUUUUGUCACGUGAACCCUGAACAGGUCAUAUGUAUCCAUGAUGUUUCUUCCACCUACCGAGUGCCUGUGCUUUUGGAGGAACAAGGCAUCGUUAAAUAUUUUAAAGAGAGAUUGGAUCUGCCCAUUGGGGAUUCUGCAAGUAGUUUGCUUUCCAAGUGGAGAAAUAUGGCUGACAGGUAUGAAAGGUUACAGAAAACAUGUUCCAUUGCCCUGGUUGGCAAAUACACCAAGCUCAGGGACUGCUAUGCCUCCGUGUUCAAAGCCCUGGAACACUCAGCCUUGGCCAUCAACCACAAGUUGAAUCUGAUGUACAUAGAUUCCAUUGAUCUGGAGCAGACUACUGAAGUUGAGGACCCUGUGAAAUUCCAUGAAGCUUGGCAGAAGCUCUGCAAAGCUGAUGGUGUUCUUGUGCCAGGAGGCUUUGGAAUCAGAGGAACGUUGGGAAAACUCCAGGCAAUUUCUUGGGCACGGUCAAGGAAGAUUCCUUUUCUGGGAGUUUGCCUUGGGAUGCAGCUGGCAGUGAUAGAGUUUGCACGAAACUGCCUUAACUUGAAAGAUGCUGAUUCCACAGAAUUUGAGCCAAAUGCCCGUGUUCCUGUGGGGAGAUCCACAUUACAGAUGGGGAAACAGGCUUUGAGACAACUUGCCCAGGGCUCCCAGCUGGUGAUUGAUAUGCCGGAGCACAACCCUGGCAAUUUGGGAGGAACGAUGAGGCUGGGAAUAAGAAGAACUGUUUUCAAAACUGAAAAUUCAAUAUUAAGGAAACUUUAUGGUGAUGUACCUUUCAUAGAAGAAAGACACAGACAUCGGUAUGAGGUGAAUCCUAGCCUGAUCAGCCAACUUGAGCAGAAAGACUUAAGUUUUGUAGGUCAGGAUGUUGAUGGAGAAAGGAUGGAAAUCAUUGAACUGGCAAAUCACCCCUAUUUUGUUGGUGUCCAGUUCCAUCCCGAGUUUUCUUCUAGGCCAAUGAAGCCUUCCCCUCCAUACCUGGGGCUGUUACUUGCGGCAACUGGGAAUCUGAAUGCCUACCUCCUACAGGGAUGCAAGCUGUCUUCAAGUGACAGAUACAGUGAUGCCAGUGAUGACAGCUUUUCAGAGCCAAGGUUAGCUGAGUUGGAAAUCAGCUGAAACUGACCCAUGACUUGGAAUCACCAGGACAACCUGAGAGGGCUCUGAAGUAACUGAAGCCAAGAUGAAGGAACUAUCUGAUGAAAUCACCACACUUGUAGAAUCACUCUGUUCUCCACCAAACAUGGGAUGUCCAGCCUCAAGGGGAAUCUAAUAAUAUGUACUCCAAUAAACCAGAAUCAAAAGGGUGGUUUUCUUCUUCCUCCAGAGGCAACCUUUGGUUCUUGCAAAUUUCUUCAGCUGAUUAAACAUUUCCCAACCAUCUCAAUGGACAGAAAGUGUUAUGGUGUUUUGUCUGACAUAUGGUGACGUCCAGAUGGUAAGCAAGGAUCUAGGUAACUGAGGCUUCUCCAGGCUAUAUGCGAAGGCUGGCAGGGCACAGACAAUGACUAGUUUUGAGUCAAAAAUGAGUCUUUCUGUUACCUGGAAUUCAGCCACAGAUUUACAUGUGGCCCAAGCUUAUUUCAAUUUCUCACUGUUUAUUUCUACUAAAAAGUGAAAUGAAACAGGUCCAAGACUAGGGUUGGUAAGUAAGGCCCUGGCCUCAGGCAUUGAAUUUAAGGGAGCAUAAAAAAAUUCAGGAGUCAAAAUCAGUAACACACACACACACACAUACACACAUACACACACACAUAUUUAUUGAGCUGAAAUUCACAUAACAUAAAAUUAACCAUUUCAAAGUGAACAAUGCAAUAGCAUUAGGUACAUUCACAGUGUUGUGUAACCACCACCUUUAUCUGAUUCCAAAACAUUUCCAUUCCUCCAAAAUAAAUCCCCACACCCAUUAGCAGUCACUGUCCAUUCCUCCCUCCCAGCCCUCCGCAACUCCUUUCUAUUUCUGUGGAUUUGCCUGUUCUGGAUAUUUCAUAUUAGUGGAAUCAUACAAUAUGUGGCCUUUUGUGUCUGGCCUCUUUCACUGAGCUUGAUGUUUUUAAAGUUCAUCCACAAUGUAGCCUAUGUCAGUUCUUUCCUUUUUAAGGCUGAAUAGAAUUUCCUGGUAUGGAUUAGACUACAAUUUGUUUAUCCAUUCAUCCAUUGAUGGGCAUUUGGGUUGUUUCUACCUUAUGUCUUUUGUGAUAGUGCUUCUGUGAACAGUCAUGUGUAAAUAAUUGCAUUUGUUGUUUUUGCCACACCGUGAGGUUUGUGGAAUCAUAGUUCCCUGACUAGGGAUCCAACCCAGGUCCUCGGCAGCGAGCGCACAGAGUCCUAACCACUGGACCACCAUGGAAGUUCUGUAAAUAACUGAAUAUCUGUUGUGUUUUUUUUUUUUUAAAGCUCUUUUGGUAAACAGUUAUACCUAAGAGUGGAAUUACAUAUGGUAAUUCUAUUUGACUUUUGGAGGAAGCAUCAGUAGUAUUUUAAUGUAAGAAUUUUUAAAAACCAAAACUCAUUUUAAAAAAUUCACAAAGAGCAAAAUACCAUAGUUUAAAAUAAAGAUAGGAUCUAGCCCUGCAUCUCCCUCACCUGCCCCAGUCUCCGGUCAGCUGUACAACAUUCUUAUCCAGUAUGCUUCCUGAUUUCCCUGUUGAAUGUGCUUGCGAUGACUUAGUUGUUGCUUACAUUUGAGCCUUCUGAAACUAAUAUAAAUAUUUUAACUGCUCACUUGA